GUCGCCGCAAGCGUGAGAAAAAAAAUCUAGACGGGACCGAUAGGCAGAAGCAUUACCGGGUACAGGGGCAUAGGACCACAGAGUUUCGCGAAUCCUCCUCGCUCCAGAACACCCAGUGAGCCCCCUGCUAGCCCGCUCGGCUCCCGGGGUCGAGUCUGCAGGCCAAGGCGACGGCGGCUCCCGGCAAAUUGGCGAUGCUACCGCAUCUACAACGCUAAUCACGAUGCCUGCAGCUUGCCACGCCAGUCCGGCAUUCUGGUACGGCCCUUGGUGCCCUGAUACGGACUGCCACCGAGGAUCCGCCGCCCGCAUUGUGGCGCGAAUCGGCUUUUCCAUGGAUCUCCAACUGCCUAGUGCAUAGUAGAAGACGACGACCCUGAACAAAAAUGUGGGCAUGUCUCACCUCCACCUCGGGUGGGUCGCCGCCGUCGUCGACUCUAUAUUUUCCGCCCUUCAACAACAUCAACAUCGUCCGUCCUCCGCGUCCUCCCUCUCUGAGUCUGCACCGGGCAGACGACACCCACCAGAGCGAGAACCAGCCGACCCCGACGGCCUGAUCCCCCUCCUCCCGCCCACCAUGAAGGACAACUACGUCGACGUCGCCGCCGCCGAGGCGCCGACCUCAGCAGGCGGCCUCCUCUCCCAGGACGAGGCCGACAUGGUCCGCCUGGGCAAGGCCCAGCAGUUCAGGCGCAACUUCUCCUUCUGGUCGACCUUCGGCUUCGUGUCCAUCUACAUGGCGACGUGGGAGUUCGUCAUCGUCUCCAUGUCGCCCUCCAUCGCCGCGACGGGCUACGGCGGCUUCUUCUGGACCUUCCUGGGGUCCGUCCUCUGCUACUCGUCCGUCGUCCUCUCCCUCGCCGAGAUGUCCAGCAUGAGCCCCACCGCCGGCGGCCAGUACCACUGGGUCUCCGAGUUCGCGCCGGCAGGCUGGCAGAAGCAGGCUAGCUAUGCCUCCGGGUGGAUGACCAGCCUCGGGUGGAUCGCCAGUCUCGCCGGCAGCGUGUACGUGUGUGCUGACCUUGUCCGCGUGUGCGUCAACAUAUCGUAUCCGGAUCUUGUCUUCACCAGUUGGCAGGUCUUCCUCAUACUCCUGGCCCUCUUCAUCCUGACCAUCCUGUUGAAUACGCUGGGGACCCGGGUGUUCCCGACGCUGGAGGUUGUCAGUCUGAUCGGACAUACUGUGGGCUUCAUCGUGUUUAUUGGCAUUUUGUGGGGCAUGUGCAGGCCCUUGAACAGCAGUAGGGCGGUAUUCCUGGAUUUCCAGAACAAUGGCGGUUGGACCAACUUCGGGACCGUGGCCUUGCUCAACCAGGUCUCGAUCAUCUGGUCGAUGCUGGGUUCGGACACCAUUGUUCAUAUCGCCGAGGAGGUUCAAGACGCGUCGUUGACCGUGCCCCGGGCCAUGUGGUGGUCAUACGUGUUCAACAUCUCGAUGGCCUUCGUGAUGGUAAUUUCCAUGCUCUACACCAUCGGACCGAUCGACACCAUCGUCGAGGCCGACCUUCCCUACCUGAACCUGUUCUCGGCAACAGGGAGCGUCGGCGUGGCUCUGUUCCUCGCCAUCGUCCUGUUCGUCCUCAUCUACGCCGGCAAUGUCACAGCCCUAGCAACGACGUCGCGUGAGGUGUGGGCCUUUGCAAGAGAUCGCGGGUUUCCGUUUUCCACGUGGAUCUCUCGUAUGAACCACAAAUACGACAUGCCCUUCAACUCAAUCUACCUCUCAUCCAUCGUCGCCCUCAUCCUAUGCCUCAUCACACUCGGCUCCGACACCGCCUUCAACAUCAUAAUCUCCGUCUCGCUCCUCGCCCUCAUGUCGACAUACAUGCUCUCCAUCGGCUGCGUGCUCCUGCGCCGCAUCCAGGGCGGCGAGCUGCCCCCGGCCAGGUGGAGCCUCGGCCGCCUCGGCCUGCCCAUCAACGCCUUCGCGGUCGGCUACGCCUUGUUCAUCGUCAUCCUCAGCUGCCUGCCGUACUCCAACCCCACGACAGCCAUUGAUGCAAAUUGGGCGCCUGCCAUUUGGGCGGCGGUCAUCCUGAUCAGUGUGGUGGCUUAUGUCUUCCAUGGGAGGAGGAAGUUCACGCCGCCGGUUAUAUUUAUUGAGGGUAAGAGGGCACGCGGUGAACAGUUACAGAAGGUGCUCUGA